CAUUCAUCCCACUGGAACCUGAUAUGGGCCACUCGCUCUUACUCCCGGUCCAGUUCUUUCAGCCUUUUAACUGCGCAGACAAGUGUGGCGUGGUCAUAUGGACGUGUUUGCUGUUCCUGCAGACAGGCAUGAAGGAUGGUACCUGUCUCUGAUGGCCCCCAACACAAAAGGACCUAUGUUUGCCUGGCUGGAUCCGUCCAGACUCUACUCUAACUCCCAGGCUCUUGCAGACUGCGUCUCAGACCUUCUCAGCCCAUUCCACAGCGACACCAUUGACCUGGUUGCUGGGAUAGAUGCAAUGGGAUUCAUUCUUGGGGCGUCCGUCGCCACCAGCCUUGGAAAAGGUUUCCUGGCGAUCCGUAAAGCAGGACACCUGUGUGUCUCCACCCAGAACCAAAGCUACUCUGACUACACAGGCAGAGAAAAGACUAUGGAGAUAAGACAGGAUGUUCUAAAACCAGGUAUGAGGGUGUUGUUAGUUGACCAAUGGAUAGAGACCGGCGGUACGAUGAAGGCUGCCAUUCAGCUGGUCGAGAGGCUGGGAGCAUCCGUCGUAGGUGUGGCAGCCGUGGCCAUUGAAAACACAGAAGGGGGGAAGUGGAUUAAAGAAAAUUAUAAAUUCUCUCAUUGCAUCCCCGAAGAGCUGCAGAGCCAAGUUGAUCGGAAAGUUCUUGAAUCUUUCAAAGCUUCAACAGCUGAAAGGUUUGAUAUCAUGUUUGCAAUAGAUGAGUAAAGAAGACAAGGGGAUCACUGAGACACAAACUGGAUAUAAAUGUAUAAAUAUAUAUAGUGUUUGUUGAAGAAAUAGUGAAAAACCUGUUUAAUAGGCUGCACUGUAACAAAUUUGAUCAGGAUACAUGUACCAUGUUAACAUGUACUCUGAUGGUGAUGAGUAUGAUACGAUUCAUUUGACUUUAUAUGACAUUUAAACACACCAAGAGGAAUUUUUAAAGAAAAUAAAUGAUCAAUCAUCAA